AUGGCAGCAAAAGGACACAAAAACCUUGUCUGGGGGUGUUGCUCGAUUGGUCUGCAGGACCAGAACUAUAUGAUAUGUACAGAAUGCACCAAACUUUAUCAUCUUGAAUGUCUGUCAAUACCAAACAAUGAAGACGAUCCUACCACGUCUACGUGGCUGUGCUCUCAAUGUCAUGGAACGCAAAAAUUGGGUAAUAAUGAUAACACCCCGGUUCGCUACAACCCAAAUAUAACUGUGAGGCCGGGAAAGAGGCAAGCUUUGAACUCCCCACCAAAGGCUUCAGAUGAAAGGCCAAUAACAAGGGACGAGAUGCAAGAAAUUAUCAAGGACGUAGUGACUCAAUUCCAAAAGACAAUGCGCAUCACCAUAUCGGACAUCCUAGGCACUGAACUAAAAUCUUUGAAGGAGGAAAUAGUGGAUAUGAAGGAGUCUAUGAAUUUCAUGAAUACAAAAUAUGAUGAUUUCUUAAAUUUACGCGAACACUACACAUUGAAUAAAACUUAA